AUGGGUUCAGGUUAAAGUAAAACCAAGAAGAAAGCUGCCUAACUAAAACAACCGAAAAUACAAAAUGAGGAAUUAAAAAGGUAACCCCAAUAUGAAGAUGAUGUGAUUGAUGCUGCUAAUUUGGCUAUAGCUAUUUAAAAAGAGGAUCUUACUACAAAUAUAGAAUUAUUCGUUCAUUGUGAAGGUUUGCCUAAGAUGGAUGCAUUCUCAUUAACAGAUCCUGUUGUGGUUGCAUAUUACGAAAAGGAUGAUAAAUGGGUUUACAUAGACAGAACAGAGAUAAUUCCAGAAUCUUUAAAUCCUAAAUUUGUUAAGACUUUUAUAGUUAACUAUAUAUUUGAGAGAAAACAAAAGUUAAGAUUUGAAAUUUAUGACAUUGAUGAUUUCGAAGCCAUAGACAAUUUAGAAAGAUAAGAAUUUAUAGGUUUUGUAGAGUGUGAAAUAAGAGACAUUGUUUGUGCUCCAACUUAAUCAAUCUCAAGAACCAUUAUUAAUAGAAAGUCAAAUAGAAAAAGAAAUGGACUACUGCAUAUCAGAGGAGCAGAAUAUGAUAUGGGUGGUAAUACAAUUCUCUUCUAAAUUGGAUGUUAGUAGUUUACAACUAAGGCUGAAGUACUCUUAAGAAUGUCGUACUUCACUGACAAUAAGGAUUGGAUGCCAAUUCAUGCAACAGAGCCAAUUAAAUAUUAAAAAAAACAAACUGUACAAUUUAAUGAUUUUUAUCUUCCACUCAGUAAGUUUGGAAAUAAUGAAUAAGCUCAAAUCAAAUUGGAAGUUGAAGAAUACAAUAAAACAAAAGGUACUACUUAAUUGGGAGAAUGUGAAACUACACUACAACAGUUAAUGGAAAACUCAGGUAAAACCCUCAGAAUGACUAAAAAUGGAUUAAUAGUUGGAUAAUUAAAAUUGAUAUAAGUGAAGUAACAUAGUAGAUACAGUUUUUUGAAUUACAUUUAUUCAGGGGCAAAGAUUUAAGUAAUUGUUGCUUUGGAUUUCACAAAUUCUAAUCAAAUUUCAAAUGAAGAGGAAGGAUAACCAGAAUUAUCAACGUCCAAUGAUUACAUCAGUGCAUUAAAGCAAAUUUUAGGAAUUCUACAAUAUUACAAUAAUGAAAAUAGGUAUCCAGUGUAUGGUUUUGGAGCUAAAUUACCUCCCUAUUAUAAUGUUGUCAGUCAUUGUUUUGCUUGCACAGGAAAUAUAUUUGAUCCUUAUGUGUAUGGAGAAGUUGAUGAAAUCAUCAAUUUAUAUAAAGAAAUCUUGCAAGGAGUUGUGUUGCAUGGACCAACAGUGUUUUCCUAAAUUAUCUCCUAAGCAAUAGAGUUUGCAGCAAACGAAAAAGUAGAUUAAAAUAAUUAAAAAUAUUACAUUCUUUUGAUUUUGACGGAUGGAUCUAUCAAUGACAUGCAAUCCACAAUAGAAUAAAUAUAUAGAGCAUAAGAAUAUCCAUUAUCAAUUAUUAUAGUUGGAAUAGGCAAGGAAGAUUUUAAUAAUAUGAGAAUUUUGGAUGGGGAUGAUCCCUAACAUAAAUUACGUUCAAAAAUUCAUAAUGAUGACAUCAAAAGGGAUUUGGUUCAAUUUGUUGAAUUUAAUUCUGUCAGAGAUAACUAAGAUAAAUUGGCUAAGGAGACUUUGGCAGAAAUUCCAAGAUAAUUUCUGGAAUAUAUGGAAAAGAAUAAAAUAUAUCCAGCUAAAGGGAAAAAAAAUACCAAGGCUGCAACCAAUGAUUUUAUCCAUUCUAAAAUUGACGAAAUGAAGAAAUUAAAAAAGAAAGAAGGUGUUAUUAGUGGAAAAAUUCCUUAAUUUUUAAACUAAUAAAAGGAGGAAUUUAUUAAACAAUUAGUUUAAUUAGGAUAUGAUCGAUUAGCAGUUACAAAUGUAAUUAAUAAUGAUGGAGUUCCUUGCAAAGAUGUCAAUUUAGUAAUUGAAAUUUUAAGUUAAAAAUAAAAGUAAAUGCAAAUGUAAUAGCCAAGAGAUGGCCAUUUCUUGAGUAAAAGGAGUGAGAUGGCUUAAAAGUUAUUAGCUAAUGUAUCCUCAUCAGACUCUAAAAUUACACAUAGAGUUUUUUGCAUCAGAUAAAGAAAUAAAAUUGAUGAACUUAUGUAAUUAAAAAAACAAGAAUCAAAAAUUACAGCAACUAACUUUCUAUUUAAAUUAACCGAACAAACCAAACCAAAACCCAAGCCUAUUGUGGAAUAGAAAAAAUAAAUAAUUGAAUCUUAAAAUAACUAUGAAACUACAAAAAUAGGGUAAACUAAAGAAAAUCUAUGCCUAAAUUGUGACUAAAAUAAAAUAGAACUAGUUUUUAUACCUUGUGGCCAUGCCUGUUCAUGCUUACAAUGUUAUAAGAAUCUAUAGUAUUGCAUCAGUUGUAAAUAGAAAGUGCAAAUGUUUGCUUAGAUUGACUAUAAAUCAUGA